UGUUUUCCAGGGUACAGAAUGUGCAUCUGCCACUUACCUUGUCGUCCCAUAAAACCACACCUCGUCGGAGACCAGACACUUUCAAAGAUGGGAGCCCACUACCAUUGUAUCGUCUGUUCAGCAACUAUCUCGCGAAGAAGUGACAUGAUAAGUCACAUUAAUCGUCAUGUGAAUAAAGGAGAAACUGAGUCAAGGUUUUUUGCAGUUCCUGCUCGUAAUUCUCGUGAAGUGCUGAGAGAGUCAGCCACAGAUGUGCAGGUUCUUCCCAACUACUCCACACCUCUGAAAACAGAUUCCUAUUUUAAUCCUAAAAUGAAACUCAACAGGCAGUUGAUAUUCUGCGCGCUCGCCGUUCUAGCUGAGGAACGUAAACCGAUAGAAUGUUUGGAUGCUUUUGGUGCCACUGGUAUAAUGGGAUUGCAGUGGGCAAAGCAUCUCAGAAGUGCUGUGAAGGUUACAAUUAAUGACUGUAACGAAAAUUCUGUGACAAUGAUCAAGGAAAACUGCCAUUUAAACAAAAUGAAGGUGAAACUGGACCUUAAGGAAGAAGGCAACGACGAAACUGGGGGAGAAAAUACUGACACCAUUGAGGUGACAAAAAUGGAUGCUAAUGUUCUCAUGCAUUUGAGAUCAUUUGAUUUUAUCCAUUUGGACCCCUUUGGAACUGCGGUGAAUUACCUGGAUUCUGCCUUUAGAAAUGUGAGAAAUCUUGGGAUUGUGUCACUGACAUCCACAGACAUCAGUUCUCUGUAUGCAAAGGCUCAACAUGUCGCCCGGCGUCACUAUGGGUGUAAUAUUGUCAGAACAGAGUACUACAAGGAACUGGCAGCCAGAAUAGUAGUUGCUGCUGUGACAAGAGCUGCGGCUCGCUGUGACAAAGGCAUUGAAGUUUUACUCGCGGUAGCUCUGGAACACUUUGUUCUAGUAGUGGUCAGAGUUUUAAGGGGACCAUCCCCUGCAGAUGAGUCAGCAAAGAAAAUAAAAUACCUCAUCCACUGCCAGUGGUGCGAAGAGAGGAUUUUUCAGAAAGAGAGUAAUAUGGUAGAAGAAAACCCUUAUCAUCAGCUGCCUUGUGACUGUCACGGCAGCAUGCCUGGGAAGACAGCAGUAGUUCUUGGUCCCCUCUGGUCAGGAGCCCUCUUUAACCCUGGAUUCCUCAGAAGAAUGGUGUAUGAGGCUGUCCAGUAUAGCUUGGACGAAGCUCAGCCGCUUCUGAAGACCCUGGUUUGUGAAGCAGACUGUAGAACUUCGAAGCAUUUCUACGGCCGCAGUACCUUUGAGGAGAACAGGCAAGAAGAGUGUGGCGUAUACAUUAAGACACCAAAUACUUCUGCAGAAUCCUACUUGGUGCAUGGAAAAAGAAAAAGUGAAGAAGUGGUUCAAAAUGCAGCCAAGCGACAAAAAUCCGAGAACAGUGCUGAGCACCCCGCGUUUUACUACAACAUCCAUAGACACAGCAUCAAAGGAAUGAACAUGCCAAAGUUAAAUAAGUUCUUAGACUAUCUCUUCGACGCUGGAUACAAAGUAAGCAGAACCCACUUUGAUCCUAUGGGCGUUCGCACGAACGCGCCCUUGGCGCAAUUCAAGACUAUUCUGAUGAAGUACAGCACGCCCACCUACGCCGGGGGCCAGGCAGAAGGCCCUGUCCACCUAGCCGAAGACGUUCAGGCAGGAGAACAGGUCCAGGCUGCUGCAGACGGCAGGGCAGAAGAUGCCGAGCUCCGGGACGAUGAUUAA